UUCACCAAGACAGUAAAUGAGCUGCUCUUCUUGACCAAUAUGCACUCCUGUAACAAAGGCUGUAAGAACAACAAGUAUGGUACCUGCAAAAGCAGAUUUCCUCGUCCAAUCCUACUAGAAACUCAGGUAGAUCCAAAGACAGGUGCCCUGAGCUUGAAGAAAGGAGAGGUCAUGCUCAACACCUUCUUGCCUGUGCUUACAUAUCUUAUGAGAUGCAACACUGAUGUCACAAGCUUACUAUCUGGUACAGCUAUCAAGUCUGUUGUAGCUUAUGUCACAGAUUAUAUUACCAAGUCACCAUUGAAGACACACACCAUGUUUGAAGCUGUGAAGAGGAUAUUUGCCAGAGAGUCAGAGAUGUUA